AUGUUUCUUACUUGCUCAAUCAGCAAACUACAACUGACUUUUGUGGGUGCAAGCACUGGGGCGCGUCUGACGACGCCCUGCUUGGGAGCGCACGGGAACGACACCCCGACACGCACUCGCUUCAGGCCGCACAAGGCUCGUGGCGGUCGCAGGCGUGCGGACGUUGCCGUAAGCCGCCGUUUGCCGCUAGACUGGUUUCAGCUGGUAGCGUCGAGCGGCUGCACGGCGACAACGAGUGGUGUUCGCACGGGCGGCGACCCGGCGCUGCGGCUGCGGGACUGGCUACAGGUUGCACCACCGAGUUUCGCACCUCUUCCCCAAGUCGGCAGUGGUGCCGGCAACGCUCGCGUUAUCUGGUGGGUGAAUCAGGACCAGCGCGUUACGGAUAACGUUGCUUUAGCGGAAGCCGCGCGAGCGACUCGGGACCGUGCACGUGGCGGUUUGCUGCUUGCGGUGUACACCGGCAGUGUGCGCUCGUGCGAGACGCGUUGUGCGCUGCGUGACCUUCGCGAAAGACUUGUUGCAUUAGGCAGCGAAUUGUUGGUCAUUCCCGAAGGCGGUGGAGCCGCUCUGGUGGCGUUACUUUCCCGUCUGCGGAACGAGUUCCAGAUCCAGAUUGAUCGCAUCGUUUUCAAUCACGCAGUCAACUGGGACGGGGCCCUUGCCGAGCGAGCGAUGGUUGAAGCAGUCGAACAGGCAAACGAGCUAGCGUUGACUCUCCAGGGUUACUGGGCAGGCAACACGCUCCUCGACGAAGGUAUGGUGCAGGAGCUUUCCGCCCAGGCCGGCAAGCGCAACGUGUCCUUCCUAGCGGUAGCGGGCACCAUCCGUCAGAGACGCACAGGGAAAGAAGUCUCCAUUAAGCUGGAGCCUGCUCCCGAGCGCCUUAGUUGCCCCGAGGCACUCUGCGCGCUGGCGGCUGACAGCUGGCGACAAAUCGGAACAGGUAUGGAGCACGGGACACACCGAUGCCCCAGCGAGGCCGAGGCGACGCGCACACUGCAGGCUAUCGUGCGACAGCGCAACGAAUCGGUCACUGAGCGUCUAGCGCGCUCGGAUCAUGCCGAGCUGAGCCUCGUCCUGAAAUCGGCACUUGAUCUCGGUUGCAUCUCAGUGAGGCAAGUUCUGAAGCGUAUCGCCGAGGUCUACCAGGGCUCCUACGAGGGCUACACGUUCUCUGAAAUGAUGUGGCGCAGCUAUUGGGCGUAUCAUAUGCACUUGAAGGCGUUCGGUGGGGCCGGCGUUACGUAUUCUGGAAAGGUUUCGGUGUUUUCAUGA